CUCGCAGAAUUUGGGCAGAAGCGUUGGUCUGGAUCAUAGCGGUUUAAUCCAUCCUGGCAUUGGGGAAACAGUUCACGCGGCAUUCAAAGACAAGAAAUCGACAGCGAGGACGUACGGGAAGAAGGGGGGUUUAGGUAUAUCUGCGUACGGAAAGAAGCGGGCUGGUGCAAAGAAGGCAGAGAGACGAAGAAGAAAGCUCGAUUUUGGUGUGGCUGGUGCUUCUUUCCUUCCACCGGUCUUUUAGGGAACUGGCGACCAACUUGGAUGAGAGACUGAGCUGUGGGGAUGGCUGCUUUUGGGGGCGUUGUGGUGUCCGAUCCUCUCUUGGCGAGCCAAUUCACGCAGAAUGAGCUUCGCUCGCUCAAAUCCGAGUUUGAAUCGUUGGGGAGCAGCAGCGACGUGAUCACCGCCAAAGAGUUCAAAGAUGGACUUUCAAGACUGGCUUUCAUCCAAGAACCGCUAACAGAGGAGGAGGUGGCCUCCAUUGUGAAAGAAAGGAGCAGCAGCUUGGAUUUUGAGGCCUUUCUGUCGAUAUACUUGGAGAUGCAAAAGAGCGGCGUCAAAAUCAGCCCCCAAAAGAGCCCAGCGUCCGAGUUCCUGAAAAGAUCAACUACCACAUUGAUUCACACUGUGCACGACUCCGAGAGAAAAGCAUACGCCGAUCAUAUUAAUAGCCAUCUUGCCGAUGAUCCUGACUUGAGCGACAUUCUUCCGAUUGACUCGUCCACGGAUGAUCUCUUUGACGCUGUUCAGGACGGUAUACUGAUCUGCAAAACGAUCAACGUUGCGGUUCCCGGAACCAUCGAUGAGCGGGCUCUGAAUAUGAAAAAGAAUCUCAAUCCCUGGGAAAAGAUUGAGAAUCAGACACUGUGCUUGAACUCUGCAAAGGCAAUUGGUUGCUCGGUUGUCAACAUUGGAACCGAAGAUUUGAUCGCAGGAAGAUCUCACCUCGUCUUGGGUCUGCUGUCUCAAAUAAUAAAGAUUCAAUUGCUUUCUGGUGUCAACUUGAAAGCAGCACCAGAGCUCGCGGAGAUGCUAAACGAUACAGAGGAUAUAGAAGAGCUUCUUCGUCUUCCAGCUGAAAAGGUGUUGUUGAAAUGGGUCAACUACCACCUGCAGAAGGCUGGGUUUUCCAGAGAAAUUACUAACUUUUCGUCAGAUCUUAAGGAUGGGGAAGCAUACACCGUACUUCUAAACAUCUUGGCUCCUGAGAGCUGCGAUUUGUCUCCGCUAGAUCUCCAAGAUCCAUACGAUAGAGCAAAAGCAGUGCUUGCUCAGGCUGAGCGUAUCAACUGUCGGAAGUACCUCACACCCAGAGACAUUACAUGCGGCUCCGCAAACUUGAAUCUUGCUUUUUUAGCCUAUCUCUUCCAUGAAAGGAAUGGUUUGACAGCCGAUAACAGCCUCACUUACGCUGAAUUAAUUCAGGAUCAUGAGCAAGACUCGAGAGAUGAGCGGGUUUUUCGUGUGUGGAUCAAUAGCCUUGGUACAACAACAUAUGUGGACCAGCUGUUUGAUGGCGUCUGGGACGGGUGGAUCCUCCUCGAAAUACUAGACAAAUUGGAGCCAGGCUCCAUCAACUGGAAGGCAGCCAAUAAACCUCCCAUCAAGAUGCCGUUUAAGAAGGUGGAGAACUGCAACCAAGCCAUUGAUGCUGCUCGAAAGCUGAGGUUGUCACUGGUAAACGUUGCAGGAAGCGACAUCGUUCAAGGCAAUCGCAAGCUCAUACUCGCGUUUCUGUGGCAAUUGAUGCGGUAUCAUACCCUCCAGCUGCUGAAGAACAUUAAAUUGAGAGGGAAGGAGGUGUCUGACUACGACAUCUUGAAAUGGGCCAACAAUAAAGUGAAGCGAUCAGGCAAAGACAGCCGUAUGGAGAGUUUUAAGGACAAGAGCUUAUCAUCUGGCAUCUUCUUCCUCGAUCUUCUCUGGGCUGUAGAACCACGCGUUGUAAACUGGCAGCUCGUGACCAAAGGAGUAACAGAUGACGAGAAGAAACAAAACGCGGUGUACGUGAUCAGUGUGGCCAGGAAGCUCGGUUGCAGCGUGUUCUUGCUGUGGGAUGACAUUGUCGAGGUGAGACCCAAGAUGGUGAUGAUCUUGGUAGCCACCGUGAUGCUGUGGAGUCUGGGCGAGAAGGCUAAAAAAGCUGCCAAUACAGCUGCUGUUCUUGAGCUCCACAACGAGGUCUCUUAAUUUUGUUUCUUCAUUUUCUCCUGUGAUUUUUUCAUUGUAAAAAAAGAAUUCUUUGUAAUACUCACGUUCUUCCUCAAUCA